AGAGCGGGGGCGGAAGUGAAGGGGCGGGCAUGAGGCGGAAGUCGGAGUGGGUGGCAGGCCAGCCACAAAGCUCCUUUUCGGCGGCCGUAGAAGACGGACGGGAGGCGCGUCUGUGGCGGACAGGUGAAGGGUCUCGGCCUGCGGCAGCGGGGAGCAGUAGAAAAGGCGGCGGCGGCUGGAGGGCCCGUCCCGCCGCUGUGUUAGGGUUUUUUUUUCCCCGUAUCAAACCCAGGGUGGCGCUAACGAGGCUUCGCUGCCCGAUUCUCCUGCGCGCUGUGCGGCUGUCACCGCGGUGGGUGCGCUGCAGGCCCUUCUCCAGGGAGCGGCGGGGCUGCCUGCUGCGAGCUGCUCUUCCGGCCCCUUCUCGCCUCUGCCUGUAGCCCCAAGGAGUUGCCGGGGGAGCGGGGUCGUUCUCGAGCGUGAGGCGCCUUGCUGCACGGGGCGUGCACGGGGGUCACCAGCCCUCUCGGCUGUGGGUGUGUUACGGUGCUGUGGGAGCACCCUGCCCCGAGGACAGAGUGGGGCUUGGAAAGGGGGUUUGCGUUGCCUUUCAUCUUGCAUGCCUUGCAUCUUGGGACUAACGCAGAAAACGUGUCCCAGUGUUCAGCCUUUUUGUUUCAGAGUAGCAGCCGUGUUAGUUUAUAUCGGCAAAAAGAACAGGAGGACUUGUGGCACCUUAGAGCCUAACACUUAUUUGAGCAUAAGCUUUCGUGAACUACAACUGUCAACACAUGCUACUGACCUUUGUAUUAACAAACAGAUACAGAGAGAGGCUGAACGAAUUGACUUUCUUUACAGGCAAACAGCCAGUCUUACUAACUAGCUCCUUUAAAUAUUAGUGACCCUUCACUUUCAGUCCAAGAGUUUGAGCUUUCAUUUGAGUCCUCUCUCUUCCCCUUCCUGCACCUGCUGAUGCAGACAUCAAUUCUUGACUCAUUGGGGACCAGCAGAUGAGUUGUUUAGGAAAGACUCAUAACUGCUUGUGUAUUAAGAACACUGCAUACUGUGCUUAUAAAAUAUAGAUGUGUGCAUUAUCAGUUACUUUAAUACCAUAGUCACAGAAUUGUGAGUUUGUUAUGCUGAAACAUUGUGGUUAAUACCUUGUCUUUCAAGAUUCCUCCAAUUAAAAAAAAAUCCUAGUUGACCUGCUAAUAGCCCUACAGGGCCCAUAUCUUCCUUUGGUUUUGCAGGACAUUGAAUGUGUCUUAAAAUAGUUCUUUCUGUUGGAAAAAAAAUCUGUUUUAUAUCAUUGAUUUUGCAUAAUAAUUUGUGGCCACAUAAAAUUGAAUCUGGUGUUUCCAUCCACAGAAUGGAGACUGAUUACAAUCCCAUGGAGUUGUCCAGUAACACAGGGUUUGAAGAAGAUUCUGAAUAUAAGGACAUUGAAGGAACAGAUGUGAAGGAUAUGAGACUAGAGGCGGAAGCUGUUGUGAAUGAUGUUCUGUUUGCUGUCAGCAACAUGUUUGUCUCAAAAAACCUUCCAUGUGCAGAGGCUGUGGCAUAUAUUAAUGUGGAGACAAGGGAAAGAAACAGAUAUUGCCUGGAGCUCACAGAAGCAGGACUUAGGGUGGUGGGUUAUGCUUUUGACCAGGCUGAUGAUGGCUUACAAACUGCGUAUCAUGAGACUGUCUACUCUUUAUUGGACUCUCUUAGCCCAGCAUAUCGUGAAGCUUUUGGAAAUGCACUACUACAGAGACUGGAAGCUUUAAAAAGGGAUGGGCAAUCGUGAUUCAGUCUGCAGUAACAAGCACAUGUUGGGGAAUGGUUAAUAAUAGUGGGAAUUCUUAGUAUGAGUUACUGAGAUUUUCCUUUCGGGUAUAUCCAGAAACGUUUAUCAAGCUUCAUUUCUUGCCUGAACAUCUAGGUUCCUUACAAUAGAACUGACUUGUAAAAUAUGAAUGUUGCUAUGGAUCUGCUUUGUCCACAAGGCUACUUUAAGCUAUUUUGGUGGACUAUAGAAGUAGUACCUUUUUUGUUAAACUCUGCUGUAGAUCAUCAGUUGACAGUGACUUGCUUUCUAUAGCAUUUGAAGAAAUUUGAUCUCUUUCCAAAGCAAUAUGAUCCAAUAUCUUAUUCUAAGAAAUAUCUUAAUUGGUACUGUGCAAAUCUUGAAUGCCAUGUAUGAAAGUAGUAAUACUUUCUUAAUGUCUAUCUGUAAAUUUUAACUCUGCUCCUUAAAACCAAAUUUUAACUACUUGCUCUAGCUAAAUUAAUGGGAAUUACUUUAUUCCACUUAGAGGAUAUCUAUUUCAGCUCAAUUUUUUUGUAAGCAAACCUGAAAACUCUCUGCUUCAUUCACAAGAUAUGAACCUCACAAUAUCAUACAUCAUUUGAACAUUGCUUAUUCUGAGCUUGUCUGUGCUUAAAAUACUGCAGCCAUGCCGCUGUAGCUAUGCCACUUUAGCACUUCAGAAUCUCCUGUUGGAAAUUCACCUCCCCAGGAGGUGAUAGCUAAGCUGCCAGAAGAAUUCUUCCAUUGAUCUAGCGGUCUACUCAGGGAUUUUGGUCAGCUUAAGUGCACUGCUCAGGGGUGAGGACUUUUUUAUAGCCCUUACCGAUGUAGUUAAACUGACCUGAUUUCUAGUUUAGACCAGACCUUAGUGUCCUUGUUGAGUUAAAAGCAAUGUUCAGUAUUAUUCAGUGUACCCUUGUCUGCGGCAACCACCAACCCGUAAACAAAUGAUAACUGUUGGCAUAUGAAUGUAUCCUCUAAAUUUGCAAAUGAUAUAAGCACAGAAGAAAACAAGGAAGAACAGGUGACAUUUUUUUCUUAAAUUUAGCCCAUUCUAAUAACUUUGGAAGACAUUUUAGCCUGUUUACUGUUCUAAACGUUUGUUUACAUGAUGUACAGAAUAUACUCAAGUAUUUUUGCUUCAGUCUUUACUUUUUACAGUGCAGUGCUUAGGUAUUCCUGUAAGGCUGCCCUCUUCUCCCUCAAUUGUACAGUGUCCUGUCCUAAAGAACAGUAAGUAUAUAAUGUCAAUGCAGUGUAUUGGUUUGAAACCUAAGGCUGUAUGAAACAUUCAGAGAUUGAUAUUGAAUUGGGAGACAGUUGCAUAUUUUCUAUUUUAUAAAAAAAAUACAAAGCUCUUUAUAAACUUAUUGUGCUACUGUAAGUUUUCAGAUGUGUGGAAGAGAUUUGGGUGUAUGAAUGGAAGAGACUUGAAAAGUAUUCAGUUGGUUUAAAGCACCAGUACUAUUGAACUAGCAUUCUAUGAUUAUAUGAUCACUGUGUUGCACUCUUGUACUAUUCAAUAUCUAUGCAUCCUUGUUUAUGUAAUUCUGCCUUUAUUUGCCCGUGUUUCAUGCUAGAAACAAAGUAAAUGUGAAUCCAAAGAGAGGGCUAGAUUAUCAGCUUUUGUAAAUAAACAUGCUCCACUGACUUCAACAGAACUAGACUGAUUGAUGCCAGCUGAGGAUCAGUCACAUUAAUUUGAGGGACCAGUUAACAAGUUGAGCAUUUAUUAUAGUUUUGUGGCAAUGAUGCUGUAAUUCUGACUGAGAAGGGACCUACAGUCAAAGCUUCUGUUUUCAAGUGUAAUGUUUGUUUUAUUAUCUUUGUAGGUUGAAACAACUCAUGUUAAUACAUAAUUUUGUUAAAAGUAUUUUCAUGCUCUAAGAAAAUGGUUCCUUUUUUUUUUUUUUUUUUUGCAGUUUUGUGGCAUGUGCUUUAAUCCUCUAUGAGGAAAAUGUACUUUGCCAAGUUUAUAUCUCAAUAUCUACCCCUGUAACAACGCACCUGUUUAUUUCAAUGACUAGACACUUGAAUAAAUGCACAAACUUA